UGUUUGACUUUUUUCUAAAGUAUGUAUUGUAUAUCUUCUCGAUUACUUUGUAUUUUUUAAAGUGUUUUAGAGCUGGGAUUGGUUUCGUAGCUGGGGUGCUAUAUUUUUAUUUUACUUUUUGAACAAUUUUCCGUGUUUUUUGUAAAUAAUUAAAAAAUACAUGAUCAAAAACACAUUUCUAAGUUGUACAUCAGCAGCCAAGAGGAGCUUUUGUAUCCUCUUGGCUACAUAACAUAAAUAUUUUAUUACGUGGACUCAAGAAUCCAUUCUGAAUCGUAUCGACACCCCGAGAAAAAGAAUCGGAAAUAAAUGGAAUCGUGUGGUGCCCAAAGAUUCCCACCUUUACUCUUUUGUGCUUUGUUUACAUGUGACCCAACUUUACUGCAUUACUGCAACAAUACUGUCUUAUUUUGAGCUGUUAUACUUAUUUCUACUGUGCAAGGUAUUCAUUAAUGGGGGGAGGUACGAUUGCAGUAACUUUAUGACACGUAGGUUGCAUGCAUGUGUGUACCUGAGCAAGUACCGUAAGUUUUGUGGGCUAUUUUGGGUCUUUACUCGUUUCUAUUGUGCAAUGCGGCAGCAUUAUUAACUGGUGGGUGGAGUGGUAGUACUAAUUACAGUCAUGGCCAAAAAAUAUUGGCACCCCUGCGUUUCUCCUAGAAAAUAGUUGAAAUUACAAAUGCUUUGGUAUUCACAUGUUUAUUUAUUUUGUUUGCGUUGGAACAACAUACAAAAAAACCCCCAAAAAAGCCAAAUCUGAUAUUUUACACAGAACUCCAAAAAUGGACUGACAAAAUUAUUGGCACCUUUUCAAAAUUGUCAGAAAUAGUUGUAUUCUAAGCAUGUGAAGCGCCUUUAAUUUGUAAUUAAACUCACCUGUAGCAAGUAACAGGUGCUGGCAAUAUAGAAACCACACUUUUAGCCAGUUAAAGUGGAGAAAAGUUGACUCAACCUUUGUGUACCACAUGGAGAUAAGAAAGAUGAGCAAAGAACUCUCAGAAGAUUUGAGAACCAAGAUUGUGGAAAAGCAUGGACAAUCUCGAGGCUACAAGUCCAUCUCUGGAGAUCUAAAUGUUCCUGUGUAUACUGUGCGCAAUGUCAUCAAGAAGUUUGAAGCCCAUGGCACUGUAGCUAACCUUGCUUUGUGACGGAUCAGAGCACUAAAACGAGGUGGGCUUUGGGUGGUAUUCGUGCCCAAGCCUGACACCUCAUAAAGCCUCACAAAGUCUUCAUCUUUGUCCACCAAAUUGCAAGCAAUCAAUCUUUGACUCAUUUAACUGCGUUACUAUUAAUCUGUCCUCAUUUCCCCCCCCGAAAAGGCCUUGAACCUGAGCCGUUCCUAGCGCUUGUCCCCUCGACAUGGAAGCGGUGUCGGUCCAAGUGUGUCGAUGCCAGCCGAGCGGGUGAUUCAGCCAUGUGCGGCGAGGUGGGGACUCGUGGGCGUCCUGUUUCCCUGAGUUAUGUGAUAGCCCGAGUUUCAUUGCGUGUGUCGGACGUGCGUCCUCCCCUGCAGCGCAUUUUGACUUAAGGUCCCGAGGCGGACAAAUGGACCAGUGUGGCGACAUCUUUGUGCGAGGAAUUAUGUAGGCCACAGGAUACUUCUUCUUCUCUAUCCCACUUGGUCAAGAUGAUCCCAAUACUCUGCCUGGCCAUGCUGCUACCUUCAGGUAAGAAUUGAAACAUUUGUUCUCCCAUGGUUUAUAGUACUGGAUCGUAAUACUUUUUAAAUUGCAACAUGUGCAUAUUGCUCAAUUUUAGUGUUGCAUGUGUGAUGUUGUUGUGCAGGAUUGGUCCUACAUAAAGUAAGUAAUAGCUGAAGUGUCAUGCAGUUGUCAACCUACCGACCAUUGACCAACCAAGUUCAAAGAUGUAUUUUGGAUGUUCUGAAAGGUAAUCUCCUGUUUGUACCUGCAGUGGUCCACUCAGCACAGGGUCAAUAUGCCCACAAGCUGCUCAACGACUUAAUGGAGAACUAUUCCAGCGCCCUGCGGCCCGUGGAGGACACGGACCGAGCACUUAACGUCACUUUGCAGAUCACGCUCUCCCAGAUCAAAGAUAUGGAUGAGAGGAACCAGGUGUUGGUGGCCUACCUGUGGAUAAGACAGAGGUGGCAUGACGCUUACCUGACGUGGAACAAAGAGGACUACGACGGCUUGGAGAUCAUCCACAUCCCCAGCAACCUCGUAUGGAGGCCGGACCUUGUCCUCUAUAACAAGGCUGACGAUGCAUUGUCUGGGCCCAUGGACACCAACGUGAAACUGCGCUACAAUGGAGAGAUCACCUGGGAUGCCCCCGCCAUCACCAAGAGCUCCUGCGUGGUGGACGUCUCCUACUUCCCCUUUGACAGCCAGCAAUGUAACCUGACCUUCGGAUCCUGGACCUACAAUGGAAACCAGGUGGACAUCUUUAUGGACAUGGACAGCGGCGACCUGUCCGACUUUGUGGAAAACGUGGAGUGGGAGUGCCACGGCAUGCCGGCCACCAAAAACGUCAUCAUGUACGGCUGUUGCUCCGACCCCUACCCCGACAUCACCUACACCGUGCUGCUGCAGCGCCGCUCCUCCUUCUACAUCUUCAACCUCCUCCUCCCGUGCUUCCUCAUCUCCUUCUUGGCUCCUCUAGGAUUCUACCUGCCUGCAGACUCCGGGGAGAAGGUUUCCCUGGGGGUGACGGUGCUCCUCGCUCUCACGGUGUUCCAGCUCAUGGUGGCCGAGAGUAUGCCUCCCUCAGAGAGUGUGCCCCUUAUAGGCAAGUACUACAUCGCCACCAUGACCAUGGUCACAGCCUCCACAUCUCUCACCAUCUUCAUCAUGAACAUCCACUUCUGUGGUCCCGAGGCUAAACCGGUCCCGCGCUGGGCCAAAGUCCUCAUCAUUGACUACAUGUCCAAGAUCUUCUGCGUGUACGAAGUGGGCGAGAACUGUGCCUCCUCCUCGUCCUCCUCGUCUUCAUCCGCUCACUCGGUCCAGAAUGAUGCCGCUCACAAGUACUCGGGCCCUCAUAGUCAAGCGAACAGCCAAGCUGGUCGAGAGAAACGACAGGGCCAUAAGAGCCCCAGACCACAGACCCCGAGACCGCAGCAACAUCCCAGAAUGAAGACUCAGCAGCACCACAUCACCAGAGCAGAGAGGAGUCUCUUCUCCACCUUCCCGCUCGGGAAGUACGAAAGCUCCAACGGGAAGAUUCCAGCCGGGGACUGCUGCAAAGAAGACCGCCAGGUUCCUUCUUGCCCCGGUGACAAAACUCCUCUCCGCUGCCAAGAAGACAAACAACCUCCACCCCAAGGCUCCGUGGUAACGUUUGGCCCUUGUGUGUUCUGUCGCCACGGCAACGGCGACGCCAGGCUGGUGCGCAACGUGGAGUACAUCGCAAAUUGUUUCCGAGAGCAGAGGGCCACGUGCGCCAAGGGUGCAGAGUGGAAGAAGAUCGCCAAAGUGAUGGACCGGUUCUUCAUGUGGAUUUUCUUCAUCAUGGUGUUCCUCAUGAGCAUCCUCGUCAUCGGGAAGGCUCCAUGAUCCAUCCCUUGAUUAGUCUGUCCCCUCUUCUGACUUCAAUACUGUGCAAAAGUCUUCUGAAGGCCACCACUAAUAUUGUUGUGUUUUUCACAGCUGUGCAGCAGACAAACACUCAUCACUAGUGGGUUUUUAACAGAAAUUGGAUGGAUUUUAAGGUAAAUUCAUUUUUCUCUUUUAUACUUUUUUCUUUACUUUCUUACUUUUUAUUUUUUAUUUUUAACUCACGUUUUUUUGGGGGGAAAAAAUACUAUCUUAUAUGAAUCGUUCUAUUUGCUUGUGUUUUGAAAUUUCAAUAUUUAAACCUACCGGUAUUUUAUAAAUGUUUUAUUUUUUUUAUUUUUAUUUUUUAAAGCAUAUUCUUAUGUAUUUUUGUCCUAAAUUAAGCAAAAAAUUACUAAAUCAAAUUAGAAAAGGAAAAUACUACAGAGAGUAUUAGCCAUUAGAUCAGGGGGGCCCCCAAAAUUUUUGAACUGGGGGCCGCAUUGGGUUAAAAAAAUGUGUCCAGGUGCCGGGCUAUACAUAUAUGAAUAUACACUGGGGAUUUCCCUGAACCAAAUCCCCUGAAGAGCAGGGAAACCUGUGAAACAUGCCUGUAGGGAUGAAAUAGCCUCCGUGUUUUUUCAUGACCU